UUCUAUUCCCGGAAAGCAAGCGGGAACUUACUCAAGCUGUACUCCCAUGUCAAUACUUCCUCGCUGUAUUUUCGCAUCCUUGAUCUCGGCAAACGUAACAAAAACAGCAAGAAACGCCGGUCUCUCCAGUUACAUCCACAGAUACCUACUUUCUCUGCAUCGGACGAUGGCAUCAGCAAGUGGCGACGGGGGAGAUGAGAAACCCAAACAUACAAACCGUUUGCAGCAUUCCAAAUCGCCCUACCUACUGCAGCACAAACACAACCCUGUUGAUUGGUUUCCUUGGGGAGAUGAAGCAUUUGACAAGGCAAAGAGUGAAAAUAAACCUAUUUUUCUAUCUGUUGGCUAUUCAACUUGUCACUGGUGCCAUGUGAUGGAGAGAGAAUCUUUUGAGAGUGAAGAGAUCGCGCAAAUCCUCAACAACAAAUUUGUUUCAGUUAAAGUGGACCGCGAAGAGAGGCCUGAUGUUGACAAAGUUUAUAUGACUUAUAUUCAGGCUAUGACUGGUGGUGGAGGCUGGCCAAUGAGUGUUUGGUUAACUCCAGACCUGAAACCAUUUGUAGGUGCAACAUAUUUUCCUCCUGAAGAUCAGAUUGGUGGCCGCCCAGGAUUUAGGACAAUACUCAAUCACAUUUCUAAGCAGUGGGAGCAAAACAGGGAGAAGCUGACACAGCAAGCAAAUGUUAUUUUAAAUGCCAUCCAACAACAUACAGGAGAAAUGCACAAAGGUGGUGAGACAGAGGAUAUGCCAAGUACAGACUGCAUUGAUAAACUGCUAAAUGACAUGAGCACAAGUUUUGAUGAAGAAUACGGUGGAUAUGGAGGGGCACCAAAGUUUCCUCAAGCCUCCAAUUUCAACUUUCUCUUAAGAUACUUCUCCUAUAAGUCUGGAUCUGAAGAUGGAAAGAAAGCUCUUGGUAUGGUCUUGAAAACUCUGGAGUUCAUGGAUAAGGGUGGAAUACAUGAUCAUGUUGGACAGGGUUUUCACAGGUAUUCAACAGAUCGUUUCUGGCAUGUUCCUCAUUUUGAGAAAAUGUUGUAUGAUCAGGCACAGUUAUCUGCUCUGUAUGCUGAUGGAUACCAGGCCAGCAAAAAUGACAAGUUUGCUGAAACUACCAGAGACAUCUUGUUAUAUGUUAUGCGUGACUUAAGCCACAAGGCUGGUGGAUUCUUCUCUGCUGAAGAUGCUGAUUCGUUACCAACCCAAAGUGACACUCGCAAGCAAGAAGGAGCCUUUUGUGUUUGGGAGGAAAAAGAGAUUAUAGAACUGUUACAAGAGGAACGGGUCACUACUAAAACUGGCGGGAAGGUUCCUGUGUCCUUUAUGUUCUUAAAACACUAUGGUGUGGAGAGUGAAGGAAAUGUUAAACCCCAUCAGGAUCCUCAUAAAGAACUUCGAGGUAAGAAUGUUCUUAUAGUACGGGGCAGUUUGGAGGAGAGCGCUCGACUGUGUGACGUGGACGAAGCGGAGGCCAAAGAGCAGCUGGCGAAAGCUCGGGAGAUCCUGUUAGAAGAACGACGGAACAGACCACCUCCUCACUUGGACUCCAAAAUGAUCACUGCUUGGAACGGCUUAAUGAUCUCCGGUUUGGCGCGCGCGGCCCAAGUUCUUGGUGAAGAUGUGUAAGAGAAAAGAGCAGCAAAAGCAGCGGAGUUUGUGAAGAAACAUUUGUUUGAUGAGAAAUCCGGGAAGCUCCUACGAAGUUGCUAUCGAGGCGAGAGCGGCGAGGUUAUGCAAAUAGAUACACCUAUUGACGGGUUCGCGGACGACUACGUGUUCAUGAUUCGCGGAUUACUGGACCUGUACGAGGCUUCUUUGGACGAGCAGUGGUUAGAAUGGGCGGUAACGUUACAGGCCAAGUUAGACGAACUGUUUUGGGACAGUACAGGAGCUGGGUACUUCAUGGCGACCCCUGAUGAUCCUUCUAUUCUUGUGAGGAUGAAGGAAGCUCAAGAUGGUGCGGAGCCCAGCGCUAAUUCCUCUUCUGUUGGUAACUUGAUUCGAUUGUCCAGCUUUGUAGACCACAAGUCCUACACUACCAAGGCUGAGGAAAUCAUUAAGGCAUCCGCAACCCUUUUUUCCAAGAUUCCUCUCGCUAUCCCUGAACUGAUGUCAAAUUAUAUUAUGUAUCUUCAACCUAAAAAACAGAUCAUUAUUGCGGGUGAUCGAGAUUCACAAGACACGAAAGACCUCCUGAAGUGCGUCCACUCACAUUACAUACCAAACAAAGUCCUCAUCCUAUGUGAUGGUAAACAGGAGGGGUUUCUGGCAUCCAAGCUGUCUGUUUUUAAGACAUUGGAACGGAAGGAGAGCAAAGCCACAGCUUACGUGUGCGAGAAUUACACCUGCUCGCUUCCCGUGAACUCUGUCGAGGAACUAGAGAAGAUUCUCUCUAAAUAAGUGUUGUAGUGUGGCUCCCUCCAUGUUAAAGUUAUCGCUCGAAAGUGUCGGGGUUUAGAAGUAUUGCCUAUGAAUAAACAUCAUUGUGGUUAAGAUAGGGUUAGAUUAAAGAACAAGCGGUAAAGUUUUGCGUUUUUAGGGGAGCAGGGCCAAGUGUGAAGGGAACGCGAAGGGUAAAUUGAACGCGAGAAGGAGCGCGAAUUCUCAUCGUCUUGUUGGUUACAUGGAGGAGUGUCUGAAAGCGUAACACAAUAAACAAUGACGUGCGUAAAGGCGGAAAAUUUUCGCGUCACUCUCCUCACGAGUGAUAUGCGCGUGAUUCAUUCAUUGCAUUACGCUCGUUCAGCAAGUCAAGGAAAGGUUACCUACGCGGGUGAACGAAACUUCGCUGGUGAUCACAGGAUAUUCGCAAGAAAAGAAGCCUUUCUAAAGUAAACGAAUUUUUAAAGGAACUUAACAUCAUUGUAGUUUUGCAUGAUAGUUUUAACGCCAAAAUUUUGAACUUUUCACUCGUAGAAUAACCACCUGCGGCCAUAAAGGCGCAUGCAGUAAAUACCGAGGAAAUAAUAGAUAAACCAGCUAACCAAAUAUUUUCUGAACUGUCAAGUCACUUAUUAAAUGUUAUUAAAGUUAUUCUGCACUUUUCGAGUGUUCUGAAAGGUA